GGAGCGAACAACACUGAAGACACGGAUUACAGUUUGAUAUAUCUUGACAUUAACUUUGAGUCCUACCUGUUCCUUCAUAUUUUAGUAUUUCAUAAUACUAUUUUUUCUUGUCUAUUCGAAAAGAAAAAAAGGCCGCAACAACGGGAAACCGUAGUCUCAUCAUGAGAGAAAAUCAAAGGAAGCAGUCGCAUCAGAAUCGUCAAUGGCAAGUGUUUUUGUUUCUAAUUUUAAACUUCCGUUUGUUCAACUGUGGACAGAUUCGAUAUUCUAUUCCAGAGGAAAUGAAUACCGGUUCGCCUGUAGGGAAUUUUGCAGACGAUCUGGGUUUAGAACUGACCAGACUGCGCGUAGGACGUGCUCGUAUAGUAACUGAAGAAAAUAUUCAGUACAUUGAUCUUAAGACAGACAAAGGAAUACUGGUUGUUAACGAGAGAAUCGACAGAGAAGGACUAUGCGGUGAAAUCUCUCCCUGCAGCUUUAGCCUUGAAAUAAUUUUAGAAAACCCGCUGGAGCUACACCAUGUAACAAUAGAAAUUUUGGACGUUAACGACCAUACACCAACGUUUCAAAAAAAGGAAAUAAAAUUAGAAAUAAGUGAAUCUGCUGCAAUAGGAUCGCGCUUCUUGCUGGGGAGCGCUGAGGACCCUGAUGUGGGAGUCAAUGCGCUUCAGAAUUAUAUUCUCUAUCCAACAGAAAAUUUUAUUCUAAAACAACACUCGCGACCCGACGGAGUUAAAUACGCUGAAAUGGUUCUUCAGAAGCCAUUAGACAGGGAAGAGCAUCCUCACCUUUCACUGACGCUUACCGCGGUGGACGGAGGUAACCCUCAGAGGUCCGGUACGGUUAUUAUAGAUGUUACUGUACUAGAUGCAAAUGACAACGCUCCUGUAUUUAACCAGACAGCUUACAAAGCAACCGUAAUGGAAAACGCACCGAAAGGUACACACAUCACAACCGUCAACGCCACGGACGCAGACAGCGGAUCAAAUGGAUUAAUCCUUUAUUCUUUCGCCAACCUUAAAGGUAAUAUUGCUGAAAUGUUUUAUUUAGAUGUUAACACCGGUGCAAUCUCAGUAGCAGGAGAAAUAGAUUUUGAAAAGACGAAAAAAUGUGAGAUAUCGAUAGAGGCUAAGGACCAGGGCGGGUUGGGAGACUCCAGUAAAGUUAUAGUGGAAGUGAUUGACGUCAAUGACAAUUCGCCAGUAAUAAAUAUCAUGUCUUUUUCAAGCUCAAUCCCUGAAGAUUCUCCAAUUGGUACAACCAUAGCAAUAUUAAACGCUAAAGAUCUUGAUUCGGGUGAGAAUGGUCGUGUUAGUUGUGCGAUUAGCCAAAAUUCGGACUUUAUAAUGAAAUCAUCGCUACUAAAUUAUUACACUCUGGUCACGGAUGCCCGUCUAGACCGUGAAAGCUUGUCUGAAUAUCAAAUCACAAUAACUGCCACGGACUCUGGAUCCCCUCGUCUUUCAAGUGCUAAAACGUUGUCUCUAAAGGUGUCUGACGUCAAUGACAAUGCUCCUGUAUUUGAUAAGAGUUUCUAUUCGACUUCUGUCAUGGAAAACAAUUCUCCAGGAUUGUCCAUAUUCACAGUGAGCGCUACAGACUCAGACUGGAAUCAAAACGCUCGCGUUUCCUACAUGAUGGAGGAAACGAAUAUCCGCGGAGCUCCGGUGUCUGCUUACAUCUCCAUCAACUCUGAGACCGGAGUUCUUUAUGCUGUGCGCUCUUUUGAUUAUGAAGACAUCAAAUCUAUUAGAAUUCAGGUCAAAGCUCAGGAUGGAGGCUCUCCUCCCCUCCACAGUAAUGCGACUGUAAAUAUCGUUAUUCAGGACCAGAACGACAACGCGCCUCAGGUUCUGUACCCAGUACAGACUGGUGGAUCUCUGGUGGCUGAAAUGGUGCCCCGUUCAGCAGAUGUUGGCUACCUCGUCACUAAAGUGGUGGCUGUGGAUGUGGACUCUGGACAGAAUGCAUGGCUCUCAUACAAACUGCUGAAAACGACAGAAAGGGGACUCUUUGAUGUGGGAUUACAGAACGGGGAAAUCAGAACUGUCCGUCAGGUCAGUGAUAAAGACCCAGUGAAACAGAAGCUUACAGUUGUAGUGGAGGACAACGGACAUCCCUCUCGAUCAGCUACAGUCAGUGUGAACGUGGUGGUGGCGGACAGUUUCCCUGAAGUGCUCUCGGAAUUCACUGACUUUACGCAUGAUGUGGAUUACAAUGACAACUUGACUUUUUAUUUAGUCUUAGCUUUGGCUGUGGUCUCCUUCCUCUUUAUUUCAUCUUUAAUAAUUAUGAUUUCAGUGAAAAUCUACAGAUGGAGAAAGUCUCGCCUUUACUACCAAGCCAACCUUCCCGUUAUUCCGUAUUACCCCCCGCAGUACGCGGAUGCUGGAGGUACAGGAACCCUACAGCACAUGUACAAUUAUGAGGUUUGCAUGACAACGGAUUCCAGGAGAAGCGACUGCAAAUUUGUCAGACCAAGUAGUCAGAGUGUCUUAAUGGUCGGUAUAGGUGCUCAGGAGAACACGGAAAGCACGCAAAUGAAAAAUGUGUUGGACGAUCCAAGUUCCUCGAACAAGAUGCGCUACACUAUUGCAGAAGAGUUGAAGAGGGGCUCUUUUGUUGGAAAUAUAGCCCAGGAUCUGGGUCUGGAAGUGACCAGAAUGCGGGAGGGCCGUGCACGCAUCGUAACGGGAGAAGGCAUUCAGUACGUUGAGCUGAAGACAGACAAAGGGAUUUUGGUCGUUAAUGAAAGAGUCGACCGAGAGAAGGACCAGAACGACAACGCGCCUCAGGUUCUGUACCCAGUACAGACUGGUGGAUCUCUGGUGGCUGAAAUGGUGCCCCGUUCAGCAGAUGUUGGCUACCUUGUCACUAAAGUGGUGGCUGUGGAUGUGGACUCUGGACAGAAUGCAUGGCUCUCAUACAAACUGCUGAAAACGACAGAAAGGGGACUCUUUGAUGUGGGAUUACAGAACGGGGAAAUCAGAACUGUCCGUCAGGUCAGUGAUAAAGAUCCAGUGAAACAGAAGCUUACAGUUGUAGUGGAGGACAACGGACAUCCCUCUCGAUCAGCUACAGUCAGUGUGAACGUAGUGGUGGCCGACAGUUUCCCUGAAGUGCUCUCGGAAUUCACUGACUUUACACAAGAUGUGGAUUACAAGAUGGCGAAGGGCUCUGUUAUCGGCAACGUGGCUGCGGAUCUGGGGAUUGAUAUUAAAAGACUGAAGAGCGGACGAGCUCGUGUCGUUACCGGAGACAACACCCGCUACGUGGAUCUCGUUACAGACAAAGGAACAUUGGUGGUGAACGAGCGAAUAGAUCGGGAGUUGCUGUGCAGCGAAAUAGCUACGUGUAGUUUCAGCUUUGAGAUUAUUCUCGAAAAUCCAAUUGAAUUAUACAGGGUUACAAUAGAAAUAUUGGAUGUAAACGACCAUGCUCCAGCAUUUCCGAAAGAUGAAGUAAACAUUGAGAUCAGUGAAGUGGCCGUGCACGGUGUUCGCUUUCGACUGGACAGCGCUCUCGAUCCCGAUGUAGGUGUAAAUACCAUCCAGAGCUACAGUUUGAGACCAACUGAUAAUUUCGUGUUGAAGCAGGAGACGCGUCCUGAUGGUAAUAAGUACAUUGAGAUGAUGUUACAGUCCCCGGUGGACAGAGAGAAACAGGAGGAAUUGUCUCUUAUUCUCACAGCUACAGAUGGAGGUCACCCUCAGAGGUCCGGAGUAAUGAAAAUAAACAUAAAGGUACUAGAUGUGAAUGACAAUCCUCCAGUUUUUAACCAGAAGGUCUACAGAGCCUCUGUUCCCGAGAACUCUCGGAAAGGAACACUUGUGACCAAAGACCAGAACGACAACGCGCCUCAGGUUCUGUACCCAGUACAGACUGGUGGAUCACUGGUGGCUGAAAUGGUGCCUCGUUCAGCAGAUGUUGGCUACCUCGUCACUAAAGUGGUGGCUGUGGAUGUGGACUCUGGACAGAAUGCAUGGCUCUCAUACAAACUGCUGAAAACGACAGAAAGGGGACUCUUUGAUGUGGGAUUACAGAACGGGGAAAUCAGAACUGUCCGUCAGGUCAGUGAUAAAGACCCAGUGAAACAGAAGCUUACAGUUGUAGUGGAGGACAACGGACAUCCGUCUCGAUCAGCUACAGUCAGUGUGAACGUGGUGGUGGCGGACAGUUUCCCUGAAGUGCUCUCUGAGUUCAGUGACAUUACGCCCAGAGGCAACAACGACUACCUCACUGGUGUACAAGACUUAUAA